AUGCAGGGCGCCUCACUGGAUUGGGAAUGGGCACCAGCCCUGCACGUUCGGCAACUGAGCGACGAGUUGCUGUUUCUAAUUGCUGCAGCAGGGAUGGGGUUUCUGCUGUCGGCGUUGCUGCUUCUGCUGCGCGAAAGCCCCGCAAGCAUGGACUUGCAGAUGAUCGGCAGCCGCCGAGAUCAAAAAAGGUUACGACGCCUCGUUCUGCCAGCCAACUGCGUGGAGCCUGUAGCCGAGGAUGCCAAGAAGAGCAGCCGCUCCAUUGCAAUCCCCGGCGGCGUGUCUGACUGGAGGGCCACUGCAAACGAGCUUGCCAAGGCUGCCAUGGACAAAGUCAUCCCAAAAGGGCCUGAGGCGAGGUGGGCUCUACGCCAGGUCAUCCCUGCGCGCUUGGACCAGAUUGCUUGCCGACCCGUCUUGGUCUUUGUGAACACUCGAAGUGGAGGGCAGCAGGGCUUCAAAGUGAUGACCGAGAUGAGGAACUACCUCCACACGCUGCAGGUUGUGGACUUGCAGCGGGAGGGGCCCGAAGCAGCCCUGAAGUGGUGGCAGAAGACGGAUCUCAGGUAUCGCAUCCUAGUCUGCGGCGGCGAUGGAACGGUUGGCUGGGUUCUUGGCGCCCUGUAUCAGCUCGAGUUGGACUACCAACCGCCCGUGGGCAUCUUGCCCCUGGGCACCGGCAACGACCUGGCGCGGGUCACAGGAUGGGGGGGCGGAUUCACCGCCAGCAGUGUCCUGCCAGUCUUGCAGCAUGUGAACCAG